GCAGUAGUAAUUCCUGCAAUCCUCUACAGGUGUUCCGCAUGGUAUACACUCGGAACAGACAACGGCCACUGUCAAAUACAACAUCAGAUUCUGACUCAGAUCUACAGAAGGGCGAUGAGAGCCAUCAAAAAAAUAUUCAGAGCCACAGCAAUAACAAUAAUGAAUAUAGAGACCUACCUGCUCCCCAUGCAAUAG